UUUCAGUCAGGCGGAUUAGAAGAUGUCAGAGAAAAUGAUCGUGGAGCUAGGCUGAAUAUGGCUCUGUCGAGGGGGUUAAGAUGCUGUCAGAGGAUAUUCUCUUGGAUCCCUGUCGUUAUCAUAUCGUCUGUGGUACUAUGGUCCUACUAUGCGUAUGUUUUUGAGCUAUGUUUUUUUACUAUAAGCAAUACGCUGGAAAAGGUGACAUAUAUUUUAGUGUUCCAUGUGUGCUUUGUGAUGUUCUGUUGGACCUAUUGGAAGGCCAUAUUCACCCCACCCGCCACUCCUUCCAAAAAGUUCCAUAUGUCCUACACAGACAAAGAGCGGUACGAGAUGGAAGAGAGGCCAGACGCACAGAAGCAGAUCCUUUUUGACAUCGCAAAGAGACUACCCAUAUUCACCCGAGCAGCAUCAGGAGCUAUCAGGUUCUGUGAUCGGUGCCAGUUCCUUAAGCCAGACCGCUGUCACCACUGCUCUGUGUGUGAAACGUGCGUCCUGAAAAUGGAUCAUCACUGCCCGUGGGUAAACAAUUGUGUCGGCUACUCCAACUACAAGUACUUCCUGCUGUUCCUGUCCUACUCCAGCAUCUACUGUGUCUUCAUCGCGUCAACAGUGUUUCGGUAUUUCCUCAAAUUCUGGAUGGGAGAGCUUCCGAACGGACCUGCGAAGUUCCACGUGUUGUUCCUCCUGUUUGUGUCUGUCAUGUUCUUCGUUAGCCUCGAGUUCCUCCUUGGCUACCACUGCUGGCUGGUGGCUAAGAACCGGUCCACUUUAGAGGCCUUCUCCGCUCCUGUGUUUCAGGGUGGCCCAGAUAAAAAUGGCUUCAAUGUGGGCAUGCGCCGUAAUCUCCAGCAGGUCUUUGGUGAAGACAGAAGGCUGUGGUUCGUUCCCGUGUUCACAAGUCAGGGCGACGGCCAAUACUUCCCCAUGAAGAGCCUGAGCUACUCCGAAUCCAACAAUCCUUUGCUAGCCAAUGAGGAGAAGUGGGAUGAUGAUGAGGAGGACGAGGAAGAGCAGGAGGAGGAGGAGCAGCAGCGAAGGGGCAGAAGAGUAUCGGAUGAGGAAGACACAGAUGGUCCAGAUGACCCUUCGGUUACCAUAGAGAUUGAUUCGUAGUUGCCGCUGCAGCCAAGCUGAAGCUACCGUAUUAUUUGUACUCUUCGGGGUUGGCAUCCCCCGCCUGUGGAGAGACAUACGAGGGGAGGGGGGGACGACGACGACGACGACGACGACAACACAGAAGGAAGCACAAGCAUUUACCGUGGGCUCCACAUUCCAGACCCUGCGUAUCUCCCGGACAAACCAAAGCACCCACCUCGGAGCCAAACACUCGCAAAAAAGAUUCUUCCCGUUUCGUUUUUUCUGCCAUUGUGGCUCUCAUUCUCACUUAUCACCUUGAUUUAACAUGUAGAACCUUAUGCUUAUUUUCUGUUCUGUGGGAGGGUGGAAAGAGAUCAUGGUGGACAAUCAGACACGUGCAUUGUAAUCGGUUAUCUGUAAGGUACUUAUCUGUGCUUAUCUCAGUCCUUUGGUACCAUUCCCCUCCCCUCUGUGCGCUGUGCAACUUCCUCCUGACCAUAGUCAUUUGAGGGGGAAUGCCAAUAUUGUGAAACUGUUAACUUGACUCAUAUCAUCCACAAUGUGAACCCCAGCCCCAGUAGUUUUGAGGUCAGAGGUCAGGCCUUUAGCACAUAUCUGCCUCCAAGGGCUCUGAUGUUUAACAGAGGCUGCCUAAGCAGGGUACUGUCUGCGCACUUAUAAAAAAAAAAGGGAACACUUUAUUUGGAUAGUCCGCCCACAGAGACUUUACAGAUGGUUUGUUGAAAUUCAAGUUCGGUCUUUUUAUUUGUUCACUGAAUAUCACCUUCACCAAACCCAACCCCCAGCCCUAGCCAUAAAUUGUAGUUAACAGAGUUUCAAUAGUAAUCUGAGCAUCUGUAGAUUGUCUAUAAGGUACCAUCCAAAUAAAGUAUGACCAAAAAAAUGUUGUGUGUGGCAGGGUAGGGGAAAAGUGGGCUAAAUCUUUCAGGAAAGAAAAUAAUACACAAAUCAGACAUCAAAAUCCUGUAUCAAAACUAGAUAAAUACCGUUUGAUGUGUUAAUCGCAUUGCUCAUUUGAUUGUAUGGUUAAUGCUCUGCAAUGCGAUACCCUAAUGGUUAGACUUUUUGUAUUGGUUUUGUAUAGACCCACAGGUGCACACUGGAGACACACUAAAGUGGGUUCCUUGUGUAGAACGUCAGUGUGCACGACCGCUUGUCCAGCCUCGGGUCUACUCCUUACGAGCCUCAGGCCACUAGUCUCCAUAUCAUGACACCAUCGUGUCACUUUCUUAUGUAUAUUUUGCUUUCGAAAAAAAAAAUUAACAACUGUUCUUUCAUGUCUUGUUGCUGUAUUAUUACAUUUACAUGUUUUUCCUUUUCCCCAGGUUGGGAAAAAAAAACCUUAAUUUAAUUAUAAUAUUCUGUUUUUGACCUGUAUUAAGUUAGCAAAGUGAGUGUUUUAAUAUAAUCAAUCAUGUGAAGUCAAUGCACAACAUGCCAAGCUCAGUGUCCAGCCACCCAAGCCUGGGAAUUCGUCAGCAUUUGAACCGUGUGUUUUUUUUUUUUGUAACCAAUACUGUAAACAAAUGAUGUGUGGUUUCCCACGGACUAACACUGGAGACGGUGCAGUUGUCUAACUGUGGUGUCUGGUUUCUUCCCUAAAUAUGUCCCAUCUCUAAAGAAUCAUUCCUGUGUUUCUGUGCAGCCACUGCAUCUGGAUGUCUCCAUUUUGUUUGUCAUCAGAUAUCUGUGAUUUGUGUUCAUAAAGCAUCUCAGAGCAGGA